AGGUUGAGCUCAAGGACACAUCCAAGCAAGUCACCAGUCUUCCCUUUGCUCUGCCUGCUGACCUCUGCUCUCUCCUCAUUACUCCCAAAAAAUGGAACGUUCCACACGAGAAAUUUGCCUCAACUUCAUGAUUGUCCUGAUUACUGUGAUCCUCAUGUGGCUCCUUGUGAAGUCUUAUCAGGAUUGAAAGACUCUCAGAAACUCUGGAGGUGAUUUCAGUGUGUGCCUCCACAGACAUCAGUAACACCCACGGCAUGCCGCAGCAAUUAGCUUUUAGUCAAUUGAGGAUGUCAUGAACCUCUAUUUUUCACUCUCUCCUAUCUGCUGCCUGCACUAAUGUUUGUAAUGGGCCUGUGAUGGUGUAAUUCUUUCAGUCUGCAGUGAUCCAGCUGUAAAAUAUAAGAUGCUUAGGAACAGUUUGAUGUGGCUGUCUCUUCUGGUAGUUUCUGUGAGUGCUGUACUCCCAGCCCACCAUGCCAGCUUGUUUGGCAUCAGUGUUGGCUUCUGGAGGGUGUAAAACCGCAGUGUGUAAUGUAAGAGCCAGUAUUGUCCAAUCUAAAAGGCAUAAACUUGUUUAGAGAAAAGGAAUGUGAAACCUCUGCUUUCACUUGCACUUUUCAUUUUGUUUAAAUAAAGACGAUGCAAAAUCA